AUGCGCCUCUUCGUCUUGCGGCGCUCUCCGGCGUCGGGAAUUUUGUCGAGGGUCGCGGAAGCACCAAUGCGCAACGCAGCGAUUGCUGCCGAGACGCAAAUCUUCAAGUGGCCCUCACGGCAGCAGAUACUCGAGCAGCAGGGACAUUGCACUGAAAACAAAAGCUACAGAACUCGGGAGGCACACAAAGUAGAAGAAAAGAUUGAUCCGGGGGCGCUCAGACAGGGUAUAAUGCGCAUUGUCGAGUGGGCUGACCAAGGAACAAAUUGGAGCCACCGGGGAAUGGUUGAGCAGGAAGUAUUUGUGCAGGAAGGCGACUUUUUUGUCAUUGCUGACGAUAUUCUAUUCGAUGUAGUCAACUGCGACGAAAUCCGCCAUCUGUUCUCCUGUUGUUUGACAUCAGUCGAGAGCAAGGACGUAACUGACGUUUCCCUCUGCAUAGCUCCUUCUUGUUUACCAACUCUGCUGAAACGUCUGUGGAAGCAGCGCGUGCCAAAUCUCCACUCCCUCCUGUCUAGAAUGGAGGAGAGGCAGCAGCGGCUGGCCUCCCAAGCAGCAGGAAGAAGAGCCGUGGCUGAAGCACUUGAAGUCUGCCCACUUGACCUCUCGAUUGCUGCUGGAUGGAUACGCAAAAAACCAGACGCGGAGGAGGCCUGA